CACAAGUCAAGCCCAGCUGUGUCUGCUGGCAGGCAGCACCGGCUACAUAACCACGCCGGGAGAGUAGUGCACUCAACACAUCUACUAUCGCAGACCUGUUUAGCUGUAGAAUAUGUCCACCUCACGGACAGUCAUAUGUUUGCUGAGAAAUGACUUGCGUCUUCACGACAAUGAGGUGUUUCACUGGGCCCAGAGGAAUGCUGAACACAUCGUUCCCCUGUACUGUUUCGACCCUGGUCAUUACCUGGGGACAGCCAACUACAACCUGCCCCGUACCGGCCCCUUCCGCCUGCGCUUCCUACUGGACAGCAUACAGGACCUCAGGACCAGUUUGAUACAGAGAGGCAGCACCCUGGUGGUGAGACGGGGCAGGCCACAGGAGGUGGUUGGUGACCUCAUUAAGCAGCUCGGUUCUGUUAGCGCUGUGGCCUUCCAUGAAGAGGUGGUGCCAGAGGACCAGCAGGUGGAGAGAGGAGUGAGGGAUAUUUGUUCUCAGAUGAAGGUUAAAGUUCACACCUGCUGGGGGUCGACACUAUACCACCGAGACGACCUCCCUUUCAACCACCUAUCCAGGCUGCCUGACGUAUACACCCAGUUCAGGAAGGCAGUGGAAACCCAGGGCAGGGUGAGGCCGGUCUUGCCCACCCUAGACCAGCUGAAGCCUCUCCCCCCUGGGUCAGGUCUGGAUGAAGGCCUCAUCCCCUCCCCAGAAGACCUGGAGCAGACAGAUACUGUGAGGGACCCUCGCUCUGCCUUCCCCUGCAGCGGGGGAGAGACUCAGGCCCUGGCCAGACUACAGCACUACUUCUGGGACACGGAUACUGUGGCUACCUACAAGGAGACUCGUAACGGCCUGAUAGGACUGGACUAUUCCACAAAAUUUUCCCCAUGGUUGGCUAUAGGCUGUAUCUCCCCCAGGUAUAUCUACCAACAGAUCAAGAAGUAUGAGAGUGAACGAACAGCCAAUCAGAGCACAUACUGGGUAGUAUUUGAGCUGCUCUGGAGAGACUAUUUCAAGUUUGUAGGAGCCAAAUACGGAGACAGACUGUUUGACAUCAAAGGCCUUCAGGACAAAUCCAUCCCUUGGAAGAAGGACAUGAAUCUGUUCAAUGCAUGGAAAGAGGGUCGUACCGGGGUGCCGUUCGUUGAUGCCAACAUGCGAGAGCUGGCGCUGACGGGGUUCAUGUCUAACAGGGGUCGUCAAAACGUAGCCAGCUUCCUCACCAAGGACCUGGGACUAGACUGGAGGAUGGGGGCCGAGUGGUUCCACUACCUUUUGGUGGACCAUGACGUGAGCAGUAACUAUGGUAACUGGCUAUACAGCGCGGGGAUAGGAAAUGACCCGAGAGAAAACAGGAAGUUCAACAUGAUCAAACAAGGACUCGACUACGACAACAACGGGGACUAUGUUAGACACUGGAUCCCAGAGCUCAAGGGGAUCAGAGGGGGGGAGGUCCACGCACCAUGGACCCUUAGCUCCGCCUCCCUGUCUCACGCACGGGUGUCCCUCAACGACACAUACCCUUCCCCCAUUGUCAUGGCGCCAGAAUGGAGUCGCCACACCAACAAGAAGCCGACUGGUGCUGGGCCCUCGGCCAGAGGAAAGACUGGUCCAUCCCACACCCCUAAACAACACAAGGACAGAGGAAUAGACUUCUACUUCUCCAAGAGCAAGAACUUCUGAUGGAGCAGACUGACUGAAAAGACUGAAAGAACUGGUUGGCUUCCGCAAGGAAAUGGUUUGACCCCUCCCCGCUUUAUACGGGUGGAUGGUUUGACCCAUCCCCGCUUUAUACGGGUGGAUGGUUUGACCCAUCCCCGCUUUAUACGGGUGGAUGGUUUGACCCACCCCCGCUUUAUACGGGUGGAUGGUUUGACCCAUCCCCGCUUUAUACGGGUGGAUGGUUUGACCCAUCCCCGCUUUGUAUGGGUGGAUGGUUUGACCCAUCCCCGCUUUAUACGGGUGGAUGGUUUGACCCAUCCCCGCUUUAUACGGGUGGAUGGUUUGACCCAUCCCCGCUUUAUACGGGUGGAUGGUUUGACCCACCCCCGCUUUAUACGGGUGGAUGGUUUGACCCAUCCCCGCUUUGUACG